GAGAGAGAGAGAGAGAUAGAGAGAACAGACUUUUUAGCCCUUCAAUUUUUUUUUUUUUUUUUUCCAAUUACAAUCAGACACAUUUUUUCCCCAAUUUAAGCCAAUUUGCUUUCUUUCUUCGCAUCCCGAGCGAUCUAAAAGGACUUUUAGGGUUUCGUACCAUUUUCCAUUGUCCGUUGCUUUUGGGGACCUUAGAUCGCUUCCCGCCGUUGCAUUUAUAUGUGCUGAAACUAUGAAGCCAGGAGUGUCUUCUUUGAAUCCAUAUGCUGCAGCAUACAUUCCACUGUCUAAAAGAGAGGCAGAUGAUAGAACUUAUUUGACAGCUAAAGGCACUAAGAGCAUCAAUGAUACCGUGUGGCUUGGGAACCCUGAGAAUCAGAACCAGCAGUAUUGCCAGGCUUCUCUUGAAUGCGAUGCCCAUGGUAUGCCGAAACAAGUCAGCCAAGAGGGUUUUACUAUGAAGAGCCACCCUAUCUAUGGUUCUUACGGUACAUCAUCACAAAAUGUGAAUGAAGCGGCAGAAAGAAUUGAAGACGAAGAAUUUGAUAUGGAUUUGGAAUAUCUUCAGAUGACUUUUCCUGGUAUAUCUGAUCAGUCCCUUACUGAUGUUUAUUUGGCAAAUAAGGGUGACUUGGGAGCAACUGUUGACAUGCUGAGCCAACUUGAGUUCUACACUGUUGAGACUUCUGAAAAUCUGCCAGAUACCUUGGACAUUGGCGAUGUUUCAGAAUCAGGGUCUUCAGCGCAUUUUGCAUCCUUGAAACUGAAGAAUGUACCCGGCACAGCUGAUGCUUCAUCUAAAGCUUCAGACUCCCCCGUUAUCUCCUGAUUGACUUUGACAGAAAAAACAGUGUCAACUGUUUUAAUUUGGCAUGAUUGUGCUUUGUGGGUAAGAAGUAUAUAUAAAUAGAGAAUUAUCCUUCGGGAAAUAUGAAAAACAUACAUAGUAUGUGUUGUAUAGUUCUCAGAUGGUUGUCUGCCAAUCUUCUGUUCUCCUUGCCCCUUGUUUUUGUUUGAUAGGCCAAAAGCCUCAUUGUGCAGUUAUCUUGCAGCUUACAGUUAUCUGAAUGAAAGUCAUCUUUGCUUCUCA